UUCUGCCCCGCUCAGUGCGCAGCUCUCUUUUAUCCGCCUGCCUCUCCCGAGCCGGAGGUGUCCGAGCUGAACUCUGUUACAUUCCAAAGGACAACUCUCAACUAUUCACUCCUAGAGACUUCACCUCAGAAGAAACUUUUGGAGAAUAAAAUAAUAAUUUAAAAAAAAAAAAAAAAAACACCUGGACGGACACUGUUCUCGCUCUUAAAACUUCCUCUCUCUUUUGUUUUUUGCACUUGAAAGACUCCUUUACAUUCCGAAGACUUUGACCAAGACGGAUCGAGUUUGAACCGACGUUUUGUUGUAGCCUCAUUUAAAAAACACAUCAAAAAAAGGAGCGGCAAGUAAUAGGCUACUUCUUUUCUCCUUUUUGUUUUUGCACAACCGAAGAUUGUCUUAUUUUUUUCUAUUUGUAGUCUUACUUUAGCAUAGCUCUAGUGUACAAUGGCAGGUCUGAACUCUCUGGAUGCUGUGAAGAGAAAGAUUCAGUGUUUGCAGCAGCAGGCCGACGAGGCAGAGGACCGGGCUCAGAUGCUACAGAGAGAGCUGGACACUGAACGGGAACUCCGGGAGAAAGCGGAGGGUGAUGCCGCAGGUCUGAACCGUAGGAUCCAGCUGGUAGAGGAGGAGCUGGACAGGGCCCAGGAGAGGCUGGCCACCACACUGCAGAAACUGGAAGAGGCUGAGAAGGCCGCAGAUGAGAGCGAGAGAGGGAUGAAGGUGAUCGAGAACCGAGCGAUGAAGGACGAGGAGAAGAUGGAGAUUCAGGAGAUGCAGUUGAAAGAGGCCAAACACAUUGCCGAGGAGGCCGACCGCAAAUACGAUGAGGUGGCUCGCAAGCUGGUGAUCCUGGAGGGAGAACUGGAGAGAGCUGAGGAGAGGGCCGAGCUCUCAGAACUCAAAGCCAGUGACUUGGAGGAGGAGCUGAAAAAUGUGACCAACAACCUAAAGUCCUUAGAAGCCCAGUCUGAGAAAUACUCAGAAAAAGAGGACAAGUAUGAGGAAGAGAUCAAGGUUCUCAGUGACAAGCUGAAGGAGGCUGAAACCCGUGCAGAGUUUGCAGAGAGGACAGUGGCCAAACUGGAAAAGUCCAUCGAUGACCUGGAAGAGAAAUUAUCAAGUGCCAAAGAAGAGAAUCUCGGCAUCCAUCAAGUUCUGGACCAGACCCUGCAGGAACUGAACAGCUUAUAAACACACCAGAGGGGAAGUUGGAGAGGAUGAGAUAGUCAUGCAACAUUCCAUCAAUUUUCGACUUCAUUCCACAUUUUCAGCUGUAAAAUCUUUAUUCUCCAUGGAAAAGGGGAUUAACUUAAUACUUGUACCCAUCAUGUUUUUUUUUCUUUUAAGGCACAAUUUCUGUAAUGUCUCUUUUUAAAUUGAGAAAGUCAUUUUGAACCCAUUGCCUCCUUUGUAUCUCCGGCCUUGAUUGCAGAAACUUUCUUCCAGGAGUUAUUUUUGACCACUUUUACAGAAAAAAAAAUGGACAAUUAUAAAUUAUUCACCAAACCACCCACCGGAGCGUCAGUCACUCUUGAGCCUAACCUGGCUGUGUUUUAGAUUUCCAGUACAUGCAGAUUUCUCUCCAUCUCAUUAUUUCAACGCAGGUAUGCUGUAAGAUGGCUUUGGGUUGUGUUCCAUCUCAAUCAGUGUGGCUCCCAAGCGCCACCUAGAGGUGUUUAUGAGGCUAGACAUCAGUUUCACAACUAUGAUCCACCUAAUCACAGACGAGACACUAGACUCCCGCUGCACUUAUGUUCAAAUGGCCAGGUGACCUCAUGGAAAGGUUUCAUUUCAUCUCUGCUGUCAGACCAAGGAAGCUGCUGCUCCGUGCCAAAAAUCAUAGGCCUCCGCUAGCGUCAUUUAAGAUUUCUUCGAUUUGAAAGCAACGCCGUCUCUGCCGGUUUUAGCUGAGCAGGUCAAACAACUUUUCGUUUUCACACUCGGUGAGACAAUUUGCCAAACCUGUGUAUUUCCUGACUGCAUGAGACUUGUGCAUCGAUGCCUUGUACUGACGUCUAUCUUCUAUGUGCCACCUUUCCAUGGGCUCGACCUGACCGCUGCCACGUUCCACAUUAGUACCUGCAGUUUUCCCAUCGGCCAUACUACCAAGCUUUACAGUACAUGGUAUCCUGUGAGCCACCGAAACCCAAAACCACUGGAUCCUCAGUCAGUCAAGUUUCAUAAACCAUGGAUACUUAUUGUAUAUAGUAGAGUAAUGUUAGGAAUGAUGAAUGAGAAGUUGUAAUGCUUCAUUAUUAUUUUUUUUUUUUUACACCACUUCUUUUUGGCAGGGGAACUCUCAAGACCAAAGAACACAUACCAGAGACAAUAAACCCUUUUAAUGUUUUAUUGUUGUAUGCAAAGGUCAACAUGGUUU